CCUGCCGGAGCCGGGGCUGGGCGCCCCAUCCCUCCCUGAGGAUCGCGGGUGUCCCGCAGGAGCCGCCGGACGUCCCGUGUCUGCCAGGAUCAUCCCUGCUCGCCCGGCCCAGCCUGUAAGAUGGACACAAUGACCUCCUCAAGGAGAAACACAGGAGGGGUCAGUGUACGAAGGACAGAAUCACACGAUGUUCCGGACAUUAUCAGCCUCUUCAGCACCAGUACAGAAGGUGUUUUUGGAAGGGUUGAUGUCAUGUUCCUUUUAGAAAAAUCAAAUCUUGCUUUGACCCUCUGCAAUGAGAAGAAUGAGAUUAUAGCCCAUGCUGCCUUUCUGGACUAUCCAAAUUGGAAUAUCACUGAUCAGGCUGACUGGGAACCAUUCCUGCAUAAAAACUACGCUAACCUUAAGUGCACUCCUUUGAACACACUGUUCAUGCAUAUCUUUGUGGCAAAGGAAGAAUACUCAGCUGGAUCUUCCCAGGAAACUGUGAGGAGAGCUUUCAUCUUACUACCAGAACUGCAGUUCAUCCUUCUCUUCAUACCAGCUGAGGAAAAUUUAGAGCCAGGCAUGAGGGGUGUCUUUGCAGUGAUGCCUCCCGCUCCAGGAUCGGUGGAGGGUAGAAAGUUUACCCUGCUCAUGUGCCCCAGGCACCGGUGCCACCCACGGCUGCACGUGCGCCAGGCGAGGUUGGAAGAUUAUGAUGAUCUCAUGCCAAUCUGGACACGUCAAAGUAAGACUUUGAAAAAGACCUUUGGUGAAUAUCUCCUUGUUGACCUCAUGGAACAUCAAGAUGAAGAAAAUAAGGCAGCUGUUUGUGAGGUUGAUGGUACUGCAGUAGGAUUCAUGAGCUUAUGUUCUCAAGUGAAUGUUUCCUUGUUUCAAGAGUGUUUUGACUUAGGGCCUUUCCAUGGACUCUGUAAACAACAUGCUGAAGAUGUUCUCCAAGUGCCACGGAAGCCAAGUGUUCAAGAAGGUGAAGAUGAAAGCAACCAAACAGGUCAGAAACCAGAGCCUGUUUCGUGUGGGGACUUGGACUGUAUUCCUGGUCAAGAUGCAGCUGUGCAGGAAGAUGAGGCCAUGACUGUUUCCCAGACUGAGCUGCCACUGGAUGAUGGCAGCACCACAGAUUUUAACGCCUCAGAGACAUGUCCCUUUGAGACUGAGGAGGAAGGAGAUUUUCGUCCAGUGUACAGAGGAGCUCCAAAUGCCUUCUGUAUCCGUCUGUUAUGUAUUGAUGAGGCUUAUGAAACCAGGUCACUGGAUUUUUUGCAGUAUGCUUUUGAGGUUUUCCCAGACAGAGACUUCUGUGUCAUCCUGGUGCCCCAUCAUGUACUGGAGUUCCCCCUGCUGCAGAGUUUUGCUCGAGCUGUCCCUUUCUGUACCAGCAGACUGGGUCGUGAGCUGUACGUGCUGCACCGUGCGGGAUUGCUCACGUCAUUUAACGUAAGAAAGGCAACAACCAGUGACCUACUUGGUGUCAAAACACUUGUUGAAACCCUUAGUUUGAGUGAAAAGAUAUGGAACGACUCCAAGACAUUCACUGAGGCUCGCCGGGAUCCCGAUGGGAUGCCAGUACAGGCUUUUGUAGCAGAAGUUUUGGAUCAAAUUGUUGGUGUUUCUGUCAUCAGGGAUGAAAUGGAUAUUGAGUAUGUUCGAUCACAUUACAACAUUGAAGAUUUUAUUCAUUUUAAUUGCCACCAGCAAGAAGAACAUGGACAUCUUUGCCACUUUGUCUUAAAUCCUGUAUUUCAUCGCUAUACAAAACACUUUCUAAAGGAGAUUCUUCGCUUGGCACACAAAUCUACUCUUUACUAUCCCAUUUAUCCACAGUAUGUGGAAGGCAAGUUCCAGAGCCCCUGUGCCCAUUCCCUGACAUCUGCCCUUCAUUACAUGGCUCCCGUGCGGCCCAGACGACAGAUUGUCUAUCCUCUGCGAGAGCUUGGCAAGAACGCUCCGUCAGAGCAGCUCUCCAAGGAUCAGUUGAGUUACUCUUUGAACCUCACAAGUCGAAAGCUGGUGCUGGAAUCUAAAGUGUCUAUCAACACUAGAAUUGUGGUGAUUGGUGCAUCUGAUGUUGGAAUUUCCUUUCUGGAAACACUGAUUUUUUGGCCACGUCUGAAGUUUAACAACCUGACCUUGAUUUCAGUUCAUGGCCUUCCAGGAAAGGAUCCACCAGGCUCUAAGCAUAGAAGAUUUUUAAUUAACAGCCACUGUUUUAAUGAUGAAGAUUAUGCACAGAUGUCACUUUGUUCCUGGGUUAACGUUGUAGUUGGUAAAAUGACUGGCAUAAAUCGUGCUGCCAAAUACGUAGUUGUUUCCGAGGAGAAGAAAGUACCGUACGACUACCUGGUUCUGUGCACGGGACAGAACUACCAGGCCCUGGCUCCCACUGGAGCAGAUAUCAAACUCCCAACUGACAGCAAAGUCAUGAGUGAGUGGCCACAGAGAUACAUGGGGAAAAUCCCUUGCAAUCACUUCACUCUCAACGAUGAGCAGGAUUGCUUGCAGGCGGCAUGCUGGCUGGAGGAAAACCUUGUCACGUCCAGAGGGAACGUCAUUGUCUAUGGCGAUACAAUUGACAUUUACACCACAGUAGAAGCGCUCUUGUCUCUUGGAAUUGCUGGUUCUCGCAUCCACCUCGUGCAGCCUCCGCUCAGCUCGGAUGUCACCUGUGUGAACAACGCCGAGGUGGAGGGCGCAGUGCGGGGGGCCCUGGCACAGGCGGGCGUGGCUGUGCACAGGGACGGUGUCCUGGCACAGUGGGGCGAGGGCAGCGACCCAGAGCUGAUCACCUGGGCUGCCUUCACCACUGCCACAAACCCGCUGAAACUGCAGUGCUCAGCAUUUUUUAGCUUUGCCUACAAGGCAGUGGAUUACGAAACCUUUAAGGCAGUCAAUGAUGCUUGCCUUGUUUUUGAUGGAAGGCUUGUGAUUGAUGCCAAAUUCUGCACCAAUGAUGUCAGCAUCAGGGCUGCAGGUCCUCUAACAAAGUUCUCCAGGAGAUACUGUAGGGAUGAAUGGACACACAGCAACUUCAGCUCCAAAGAGAUUGGCUUUGAGCUUGCUGCAUCCAUGCUGAGUCUCUUUGACCCAGCCCUUCAGCCCCAUUCUGAGCCACCAGAAGGGCCAGACAGACUCAUCCCCAUGUACAAAGGAUGUAAAGUUAAAGGAGGUGUUCUUCCUGGAGGUUAUAACUACUUGCACAUUUCCAAACCAGCAAUUCCCAUCCGCUUGGACGUAGAACUUGCCCAGUGUGACCACGGGACAGAGAUAAUAACUGGAGAGGCAGGACAUGGGAACUACUUCAGGAUGCAUUUCAGCAAGUACAACAUGGUGGACAGCAUCACCUGCUUUUCCAAGGAGCCCUUUCCUGUCUCCAACUACCUGUGCUUGUACGGACAACACGAGCGCCUGCUGAACGACCUGUACUAUCGCUGGAGGAACGGGCAGAUCACUGACCUUUACAGCUACUUCAGGGAACCUUGGUCCAUGGCUAUCUAUCACGAUCGGUUUAUUGAUCUCCAGAAGGAACUGCGCCAAAUCCUGAUGUCAGAACAGGUGCCCGGGCAGCCCCCUGCCGCUGAGCGCAGCCCCGGCCCGCUCGCCCUGCUGGAGCCCAUCCUGCGCUUCCUGCGCCGCCACCGCGCCCACCUGCCCAUGUACGCCCCGACCGACACCUACGGACCCCUGCGGACCCAGCCGGUGGCAGGCACUGAGGGACCGAAGCCGGGCAGAGCUGGGCACGGUGGCAUCGGCGGUGCUGGCGUGGGGAGCUGCAACCCCUCCUCGGAACAUGCCCUCCCGACACGGUAACUGGGACGUUAUUCCCAACAGCCAGGGCCGGGUAAAUCCCCCGUUCCUCUUGGGAAAAAAAUGGCUCUUUUUAGCACUAAUAAAGCUCCCUUGCAGCUCUGAAGGUGAGGGUACAUACAGCCCAGCCCGUUCCUGCCCAGCUCCUGCACCAGCCCACGGCCCGGCCGAGGGCUUGUCAGUCUUUUUUAGGGACUGGGGAAGCUGAUCGACAGGGAGGAUUUAAAGGAGAGCAAAGGCUCUGCCAGUGCUGCAGUGGGUGCUGGGCCAGGGCUGGGGGAGAGGAGGAGCAUUGCUUGGCUGCAGAUCAGAUCAGGUUCUGCUUCCUCAGAGUAUGGGACCAUGGUGUUUUAUUAUCUCAUUUCACAGGUUUUCAUACUAAAUUGCCUGUAUUGCAACACCAGUGCAAAGACAAAUGUGAGGAAAAUGUUGCACAGCAGGGGGGGCUCACCUGGGAGGUUUUCGUUUAGUUAUAUGUACAUAGGCGAAAUUCAGAAUUUAUUACAUACAUUAUAUUUUACAUUUGCCCCAUCCAUGGAAGUGUUCCAGGCCAGGUUGGACAGGGCUUGGAGCAACCACGUCUAGCAGAAGGUGUCCUGCCCAUGGUAAGGGAGUGGAACAAGAUGGGCUUUAAGGUCCCUUCAGAAUCAGAGAUUCUGUGAUAAAGUAAACAAUAUAUUCCUUUUAUAGCAGUAUAUCCUAUAAUCUAAGAAAGGUAUACUUCAAAAAAUGUAGUACAGUGUAUAUUAUACACAUAUCAAUGCAUAUUAUAUUAUACAACAUAUACUAAUAUAUAAUAUCUGGUUUAUGUUGUCUAUCAGACAAUGCAUAUUAGAAAACAUUAUGUCCAGCAUAUAAUAACAUAUAUGCAUUAUAGAUGAUUAUUGAUACAUUGCCAUUAGUGAUGUAAUGAAACACCGCUGUCUUACAGACUGUUUUCUCAGCUCUGCAGCCAGGGUUUGUGUGCUGUGGAGGACAGAGUGCACUGCACAGUGCACUGCAGCUGUGCAGGUGCACACACAUAUGCACACCUGGCAUGUGCACUAUACAUGCAUGUCAGACAUGACCUAAAAUAGUAUUAUUUAUUGUAUGUACACAGUGCAUUGAAUAUUCCGUAUGCACAUUAUGUAUGUGCAAAAUAUUGUAUCGUGUAUUAUAUUACACGUUCUUUAUGUAAUGUUAUAUAGAAUUUAUAGGUUGCUGAUGUGAAUGACACAAUUAUGCAGUGUGCUGUUAUUUAGAAUGUACAUAUAUAGGCACACGUGUUAUAGUUCGUAUAGUAAUGUUCCGGCUUAUACAGUGAUAUGUACAUAUAGCUACACGAGAUACCAGGGAUGGUCCCAAACCAUUCUGUGAUUCCACGGUAAGCAUAAACUAGUUAUAUAUUAUUUAACUUUAUUUUAAUAAUUAAUUAUUAUUAAUGUCAUUUUUGUGCCUGCUGCCGCAGGUGGUGGGGCUGGGGGUGCCUUGGCCCCCUGUUCCUGCCCUGUGCUGUGCCGGGCUGGCUCUGCCGCGCGCUCCUGUCCCGCCCGCGCCCGUGGCAGUGGCGGGGGCUGUGUCCCACCCAGCGCUGUGGGCCUGGCACCUCCUGCCCCCGUGGGUGCCGGUGCUGGGCUGUGCCGGGUGCUCAGCCCGUGUACCGUGGGGAGCUGUGUGCCGAGGGUGUGCCAGCCAGAGCCGCGACACCGCGCCCGCCCUGCCCCGCCUGCCGACAGGGGAUGGGUCCACACGGCUGUACCUGGGGUGCACAGGAACCACCCGGCCCAGGGAUGCCAGCGCACUGACUGAGCACUGUGACCCCUUGUCCAGCUCCCACCUGCUCUCCAUUUCCACAGGAGGUGCUGGGCCUGGGACAGGGAUCCUCCUCAGCAGAUGGGUGGAAGCCAGGUUCCCAAGGGCAGUUAUUUCUGCAAAGGGAACCUUAUCUGGAGGCGGCUGCAUUAACUCCCUAUUUCUGAUGAGAGCCCCUGAAAGCAACUGAGGAGAGAACUUUGUCAUCUCCCUUCAGCAAAGGAACAGAGAGUUACAAGUGUCUUUUCUGACCUGGAUAUGCAGCCCUCUGCAUCUCCUUAAGGAAUAUCCCAAUAGAGUAGAAAAUCACUGUUAGAAACAUCUUGUUUUUAAUGCUGAUGCAAGUGGCUGGGCCACAAGACCUUGCAGGGAAGCAGGUUAGGGACAGUGGCUUCUGGGAGUCCCCGAGGGUCAGUCAUUGCGCUCUGCAACUGCUGGGAAGGGCUGGGCUGGCAGAAGAUGCCCACCCUGCAGGGGUGGCAAAACGGCACUGCUGCCACGUGGGUCCCUGUGGGGCAAGUGUGGGGUGUCAUUGUGUCUGGUGCCUGUGUCACGGUGUGGCACAAAUACCCCCCGAGCACUGGAGCCUGGAAACGCCAUUGCUGCUUCCGCACCGGGCAGCUGCUCCUGCAGCCGCGGCCUCGGCGCCAAUGGAAGGCAGGCAGAGUGUGUGCCGGUGCCGCCGUCACCGCGCCGUGUCCCGCAGUGACCGCUCCUGCUCCGUGUGAGCCGGCCCUGCACACCCCCGGCACCUGCAGCAGCUCCACACGGCACCGGCAUGCUCGGGAGCCACCACCCCUCAGC